AUGUCCAGGUCCCGCCGCAAUGUGAGGUUCCCGCACCGGGCCAACGGUGAGCGGCGGCUCAGCGUGUCGUCCGACGUCAGUGAUGCGCCCGCGGAUCCCUCCAGCUCCGGCAAGAACGGCAGUGUCUCUCAGCCAUCCACAAUACCUGAGGAGAAACCCGCCCAGUCCGAGUACGAGAAGAAAAAACAGACUUUCAUCACGCGCACAAUAUGGACUCUCGUAAUGAUUGCAGGCUUCUUCAUCGCUCUCUUCUCUGGCCAUAUUUACAUUAUUGCCCUCGUGACCGCGAUUCAGAUUGUGUCGUUCAAGGAGGUGAUCGCCAUCGCCAAUGUGCCCAGCAAAGAGAAGAACCUGCGGUUCACCAAGUCCCUCAACUGGUACUUUCUCGCCUCGACCAUGUACUUCCUGUACGGGGAAAGUGUGAUAUAUUACUUCAAACACAUCUUGCUGGUGGACAAAGUGCUCCUUCCCCUCGCAACACACCACCGCUUCAUCAGCUUUACUCUCUACGUCAUGGGAUUCGUGUUCUUUGUCGGGUCACUGCAGAAGGGACAUUACCGAUUCCAGUUCACGCAGUUCGCCUGGACACAUAUGGCACUGUAUCUGAUCGUGGUCCAAGCACACUUCGUCAUGAACAACAUUUUCGAGGGCAUGAUUUGGUUCUUCCUCCCUGCUGCGCUUGUGAUCACUAAUGAUAUUUUUGCUUACGUGUGUGGCAUCACCUUUGGGCGUACGCAACUGAUCCAGCUCUCGCCGAAGAAGACGGUCGAGGGUUUCAUCGGCGCAUGGAUCUGUACCAUUAUUUUUGGUUAUUUCAUGACCAACAUGCUGAUGCGAUACAAGUACUUCAUUUGUCCCGUCAAUGACCUAGGCUCGAAUGUUUUGACGGGUCUGGAGUGCAUCCCCAACCCUGUUUUCGUGGCCCAUCCGUACUCGCUUGAAUGGAUCGGCCUCGACAAGACCUUCUACGUCGAGCCGAUGCAGUUUCACAUUCUGGGAUUUGCCACGUUCGCCUCGCUCAUUGCUCCGUUCGGUGGAUUCUUCGCAUCUGGGCUGAAGCGCACCUUUAAGAUUAAGGACUUUGGUGAAUCGAUCCCUGGCCACGGCGGUAUCACCGACCGCAUGGACUGCCAGUUCAUCAUGGGCUUCUUCUCCUUCAUGUACUACCACAGCUUCAUCGCCGUGUAUAAGGCGAGCGUGGGCGAUAUCAUCGAGACUGCCAUCAACGGCCUGACGGUGGACCAGCAGCUCGAAGUGGUUCGCGGCCUGGGCAAGUACCUGUACAAUCAGGGUGCCGUGUCAGAAACGAUUUUGGACUGUCUUUCUACCGAGCUCCACCGCCGAUGA